CAGCAGCAUGACGGGCGCAGCGAGCGGGCAGACGGACGGGAGCUGCAAGAUGAAGGGCGUUGCGAGAAGGCAGCAGCGGCGGCAGCGGCGCAGCAGUAGAGUGGGCACAGCGCCGCUGCGUUUCACACGGCAAGCCGGACUCCGGCCCUGGGCGCAGUCAGCCUCAUCAGCCAGCUCUUGCCUCUCACCACCACAGCCGCAAGCACGCAACAUGGCAUCGCAGACAUCAAGCAGCAGCCGCGGCGCCGAGCGUCUCGCACAGCCGCUCACGCUGCCCUGCGGCCGCACGGCGCCCAACCGCCUGGCCAAGGCGCCGAUGGAGGAGAUGCUGGGCCACUUUGGCGGCAGUGCGCCGACGCCCGCCAUCCUGCGUCUCUACCGGCACUGGGCCAAGGGCGGCUGGGGCAUCGUCAUCACGGGCAACGUCGCCAUCGACUCGACGCACCUCGGCAUGCCGUUCGACAUGACGCUGCCGCCGCCGCCGCACCGCUCGCCCGCGCUGCUCGAGGCCUUCCGCGCCUACGCCGACGCCGCCUCGGGGCGCGACUGCGGCGUGCCGGCCGAGCGGCGCCCGCUCGUCGUCGUGCAGCUCGUGCACGCCGGGCGCCAGUCGAUGCGCGGCGCCGGCCGUGCGCCGUGGCGGCCGUCGCUGGGGCCGUCGCCCGUGCCCAUGGCGCCCUCGGCGGACCUCGGCGCCGUCGGCAAGGCGCUCGACUGGGCGCUGUUCGGGCCCGUGCAGGAGCUGAGCAUCGCGCAGAUCGAGGACCUCGUCGACCGCUUCGCCUCGGCCGCCGAGCUCUGCGCCAAGGCCGGCUUCGACGGCGUCGAGAUCCACGGCAGCCACGGCUACCAGCUGGCAGCGUUCCUCAGCCCCAAGACGAACCUGCGCACGGACAAGUACGGCGGCGAUGCGCGCGGCCGGGCGCGCCUGCUCAUGGAGAUUGUCGAGGAGACGCGCAAGCGCGUGCCCAAGGACUUUGCGCUCGGCGUCAAGCUCAACUCGGCAGACUAUGUGCAGGGAGGCUUGACGGAGGAGGAUGCGCUGCAGAACGUGCAGUGGCUCGCCGAGCAGGGCGGCGUCGACUUUGUCGAGAUUAGCGGCGGCAACUAUGAGAACCCAUCGUUCAUGACCGAGGGCUUCGACGCCGACGCCGAGCUGCGCAAGCUCGCCGGCGACACGACCGUCUCUGCGCCGGCGCGCGUCCAGGAGGCGUCUGCGGGCGGCAAGAAGCCGAGCGCACGCAGCCAGGCGCGCGAGGCCUUCUUCCAGUCCUUCGCCAAGCGCUGCCGCGAGUCGCUGCCCGCGGACAGCAAGAUGAAGCUCAUCCUCACUGGCGGCCUGCGCACGCGCGGCGGCAUGGCCGGCGCGCUCGAGGGCAGCAACGUGGACGCCGUGGGCAUUGGCCGCAUGGCGGCCGUCUACCCGGACCUGCCGCUCACCGUGCUGGACACGAGCGUGCCGGACGACAGCGCGCAGGCCAGUCCGCCGCCGUACAAGAUCAAGGGCGCUGGCGUACUCGGCAAGCUGCCGCUCAAGAUGGUCGGCGCAGGAUGGGGCACCCUCUGGCACAACGGCGCGAUGACCUACCUGGCGCAAGACAAGCCCGUCAACGUCAACGCCGGACCGCUGCGCACCGUCGCCGGCAUCCUGGCGCCGAGUCUGUUCAACAGCCGCGUCCACGCCGCCAUCAUCGCCCUCCUCGUGGCCCUCCUGGCCUUCUUGCCGGGAAUUGCGCGCCCGAAGACGGCCUAGAGCCGACCUGUGCCUAUCUGCCACGUCUAAUGCACCGCAUGCGCUGCGAGUGCACGCGCGCGGAGCCUGAGCGUCGGGAAAGCGUGUGAUUGAGGCAGGGUAAGAGCACGGGCAAGGAGGGGUAUGAGUGUUGUAUGGGAGAGCAGGGAGAGCAAGAAGCUAGCGCAGCUUGGCGAAGGGGUCGAGCGUCGAGGAGGCCGCGGCGCGCGACUCGAGCUGGCUCUUGGACGGCGUGUUGAGGUCCCAGAAGCGCAG